ACCACCUCAACUGGCUCCUCUCGAUGUGGAGGAGCGGCAGCUCUACUCCGAGUCUCUCCCGGAUGUCCAAGCUCCUCACCCUAUCUCUAAGGCUGAGCCCAGCCACCCUAUGGAGGAAACUCAUUUCGGCUGCUUGUACUCGCGAUCUCGUUCUUUUGGUCACUACCCAGAACUCGUGACCAUAGGUGAGGGUUGGAACGUAGAUUGACAUGUAAAUCGAGAGCCCAGCUUUCUGGCUAAGCUCCCUUUUCACCACAACGGACCGGUUAAGCGCCUGCAUCACUGCUGACGCCGCCCCAAUCUGCCUGUCAAUCUCCCGCUCAAUCCUACCCUCACUCGUGAACAAGAUCCCAAGAUACUUAAACUCCUGCGGUAGGACCUCCCCCCCGACCUGGAGGGGGCAAUCCACCCUUUUCCGGCUGAGGACCAUGGCCUCAGACUUGGAGGUGCUGAUUCUCAUCCCAGCCAGUCAAGGAAAUUGAACAAAUGAAUCCAUUACUGUAGAAUCCCUGACAUUCUUCUUCUCAACAGUGAACAUUUAGAGUUUGUAGUCGAACAGAUUUACGUGCCUGGACUGUUUGAGGAAAGUCACAUGAGCGCAAGUUACACAGAGGACCAGCGUACAGGGACCUGAUGGAUCUGACCCUACGUUUUUUUAUGCAUUGACAUUAAUAUGCACUCUGAUGUAGAGAAAUAGGAGGGACAGUUGAGUGGAAAGUAAAUUCUGCCACUGACAACGCUUUGCCUCCAGGCUUCGACUACAAUUUAGUCGUAAUAUCGUGAUGAAUCAGCAUCCUUACUCAGAGUGAACUGAAUAUAGACGUUUCAGAAUCGCCUCAUUAACGUUGGUCGUUACACAUCAGAUUGUCCUGUGUGUAUAGCAGGCUCUUUGACUCUUUGGUGUGGACUGGUUUUGUUGUGUUACAGUCAGUGUUUGUCUCAGGCCCAGCAAGCUUUGGGGAAAUCCCUCAGCGACACACACCCUGACAGAAGGCACAUGUUGCAGUGCCAGUGGUGUACUGGAAUCCACGUCUGAAAUAAUUAUACGUAACAACAACAAAAGGGAACACACUCGCUGGUAGCAUAUAUUGAAAGUGAACUAUGAAUGACUCUGAGUGUUCAUAGCAUGGAUGUGAUGCAAUAUCUGCGGCUGUUCGCUUCCCCACAAUUGGUCAUGAGGAACUAUGUCAUUUUUAUAUAACAGAGUUAGGAAGCUAAUUAAAAAAUACACACACUCGCCCCACGGAGUCAUGAAUUAAUUUAGAAAGGAAGGGAUUAAUUAGUUUUGGUAUGGUUUAUAUUUUUUGUUAAAUGUAUUUUUUGUUGGUGUUUUGGGAUGUUAUUAUUUCUUAUUUUUUGUGAUUGCAGUCACAUGAAAAUGGGCUCUGACACUCAUAAUCUAUAUGAACAUCUCAUCUUCACCUGUACGUUUUUUUGGUUGGAGAGUGGGGAUGAGUGGGUCACCGUAUUUUUUGUUGACCGCACUUUUCUUUGUUUGCUGUGAUCAUCUUAAUUAUAAGUCUGUGCACGUUAUAGUAAGUUUAUUCCUUUUCAUGAAUAAAUUCAUUGGACGUAUUUUUGGAUCUCAGCGAAUCCCAGCCUCAGCCUCUCAGUGGCUUAUAGUUUGUUUCCUGGAGUCGCCACAAAUAUUGAGUAGCAUAAAAAUGUUUUAUAAAUGGUUUAUGACACAAUAUUAUGUAGCUGUAAGCAGACAUCAAGUCUUUUCAAGUUUUAACGAUGUAGUUUUCAACAGCUUUAACUUUAAGAAGCAUUCGUAACUGGAUUCUUUAGUCCACGUUAUUCUUGGGGCUAACCAUUGUGGCUAACAGCCAACAGCAGGUCUUUCAAAAAUAAUCGCCUUCGAUUAGCACAUACUGCUUUGUUUUUUUAAACAGGUAUUUAAUUAACAUUAAAUAAGCAUUUUCUAAAAAUGUCUUUAUGGAGCUCUGGUACCUGCUGUGCUGGUUGCAGUUGUACUAACAAGACUGAGCUAAAUUUCUCGUAACAUACAGUAAAAGUUCCAUUGCCUACCUACAGAUGAGGAACUAGUUGCUUCCCAUCCCCAUACUGUCCCAUACUGAAUCAAUACAUGACACGAUUUGUCCCACAUUUUUGUCCACACCCUACUUUAAUGCUAAAUGUAGCAGACAUAGCGGAGAUUAAUCUUUUUUUUUGCGGAAGAGAAUGACUGAGGAAGACACGUCAGUCACACUAUGUCAGCACAUGAUUAGCCCCGUCUUUUCCUGUCUGACUGCAUUCUCAACCGACAUUAGAAAGUUUCUCAUUAGAAAAUGCGCUUAGCCGUGUCAUUAGUCAACUGUUACAGCAUUAGAAACAAUCAUAUAACAGAAGAAUCGUCAUUUUUACUUUGCACAGUAGCAUUUUUGCAGCUGCGGGGCUGUAAGGUUUACCUGACUUAGAGACUAGCACCAAGACCCAGUGAUGUGGGACUUUAACCAGGUUCUACGUGUGCUUUAAGGUAACUAAGGUUCCCACCUCCUUUAACAAUACACAACCAAUAUUAUUAUUAUGGAAGUAAUGCGCCUUACUGUCUGUAGUCAAUAAAUUAGCUAAAUAUGCUAGUGUACAUUAUGUGGCGCCAUGUCUUCAGGUCGUUCCCAUUCCUCGAUUGUAGUAGAAGGCAGAGGUGUGAUGACAUCACCACUUUUUAUUUCCAAACUAUGCUAUGACAGAUGAUUAGCAUAGUGUUAUCAUGGAAAAUGCUGAUUACAGUUUAGUGACAGGAAGUGUUGCAAGUUACACCCAUGUAAUGGGAGCUAAAUAUAAGAUGGAUACAAACAGAUAAUGAAUGACAGUAAACUAUAAUACAGUUGUAUUUCUAUAAAAUACCUCUCAAUGGGAGAGGUAAUAAACGUUGUAAAAAAAAAAAUACAAUGACAAACACUUUAAAACAUUGUUGUAUCUGCUCAAUAUAAACAGUUUAUUACAUGUUAAUAUAGUGUUUACUGCCAUGAGGCCAAAGGUGACUAACGUUACCCUCAUCUGGUCUUGUGGACAUUAUUGAAUAGUGCUAAGCCAAAAUAAACACAUCUCUCAUUAAGUCAUAUUUCUUUUUUAAAGUAUUUCGCAGCAAUAUUUUAUCAUAAAAUUGAAAAAAAAAAAGCUUGCGAGUGCUGUCAACUGGCUCUUCGCAUAAACUUUUCCCACGUGUGGAGAAAGGUUCGUGAACUGCACCACAUAUAAUGAGGACAGAGGUCAAAACACAAAGUGCACAUAUGGGUAAAUACAUUACAAUGGACUGUAAUGCAAAAUGUGUGCAAGUGUGUGUGUGUGUGUGUGUGUGGAGUUUUUUUAAUAAAUAUUAUUACCUCCCCUCUCUGCUCUGUCCUCCCCACUCUCUAGAUUCAAUCAUGAUGACAUUGUUCAGUCCUUCUACAAAGCCAAAACUCUAAAGCCACAUCAUUAUCUCCAGCGAUACCUUUGCUGUGACUAAAAUGAUAAGAAACCACAGAUACACCACAAGUUUUGAUUCCAUGAAAUAAAACCUAACAAGCUAAAAAACAGUCACUAAAACUCUAUCUGUUGUUUGAAAUCCACAAACAAUGGAAAAAGAAAAAAAGAAAAAAACUUUAAUUUUGUAAACCACUCCCACUCAAGCAACCCUCAUGGCUAAAGGGGUUUGGCCAAAAUUGUGCAAACACUAUAAGAGAGAGGUGACGUCCAGGUGGAGCAUCACACAGGUGAGGCAGUCAGAUUCUCAUGUCUCCACCCUCUUCUGCCUGAGGAUACUUUUGGCUGCAGCAGACGCAGGAGGAGCGCACACCUCUGACUUCAUAAGAUUACACUUUUGGCAUGCUGGCAAAAAUGGAGACGAUGGCUUAUGUGACCGAGAUCAGGCUGAGUGGAGGUCGCGGGGCCUGGAGCGGAGUGGCUCCCUCCUCCUGCCCCGAGGUGGACUUGGAGGUCAUCGAGGAGUACCUGCAGGAGCACUCGCUGGAGGUCCAGCCUGCGCACGCACCCACCUCACCUCCGACCACUGUGGGGCAACAAACACACUUCCACCAGAGCACCAGGAUCAUAGAGAACAACUGGUCAGGUCAGCAUGCGUAUCAGUGGCAUAGUGGCCCUCACACUCCCAACGAGGACUAUGAAGAGCAAGCCCUGCCUCCAGCCUGGCCUAGUUCCCAUGACAACCAAUGGGACCACAUCGCUUCGUAUUCCUACGAGACGCCUGCAUACAUUGACUCAGACUCGCUGUCCAGUAGCUCCCAGUACCAAGAGUACCAGGACUCCCCGUCACCAUCAUCUGACAGAGGAGGCAGGAAGGACAGAGACUCCCUGCCUCUUGCCCCACUUUCAGGAAAGAGGAAAGAGCGAUUGUUCCAGUUCCUUUUCGAGAUGCUCCAGACUCCAUCGAUGCGGAGCUGCAUCUGGUGGGUGCAGUCCUCCUCUGGCACGUUCCAGUUCUCCUCCCAGAACAAGGAGCGCCUGGCGCAGCUGUGGGGCCGGCGCAAGGGCAAUCGCAAGACCAUGACCUACCAGAAGAUGGCACGGGCGCUGAGGAACUACAACCGCACCGGCGAGAUACAGAAGGUGAAGCGGAAGCUCACGUAUCGGUUCGAUGAGAAGACGCUGAGAGGCCUACAAGGAGACUCUAAUACAGUGUAGGAAGCAUGAUGGAGAGUGUAUAUAAGUAUAGAAAUAAAAUGAGCACAAAGGAUUUUCAGAUGGUCGUCCCAUUAAUGUCCUUUCUGCUGAUUCUAAUUCUCUGGCAUGUAACUGAAUACUGAGUAUUUCUAUAAGCCAGCAGAUGCAACACUGCAGGUCAGAAAAAUUACGUAAACCUAAAGGGUUAUCACAUAACAUAACAUCUACUUUAUAAGUAGAACUUAACGUGUUCUUAAAAUAAAAUGUGUGGUUUUCUGUUUUGUGUGAUUCUGUAUUGCAGAUAUUCAGCAGAUAAAAGAUUUUUUAUAGACAAAAUUAGGUUGUGUAAACAUGAUCUGUUUGUGACUAAACAUCAUUUUUAAGAUGAAAUAAAUGAAAAUAUUUUACAAUACCCAAUAUA